AUGCGUAAGUUCGACUUGCCAGUCCACCUUUUGUUCGCGAUGCUGAUAGCCACAGAUAUCUACCGCCGCCAGGCCCGCAAUCUAGCCUGGUACGACGAAGAAGGCGAAGCCUCCUCGCACAAUCCUUUCAAGAAGUUCCGUCGCCAACGACACCCUCACCGCACCAACUCCAUGCAACUGGAAAGUGGUCUUCACCACACCCGCAGCCUGGGAGAUCUAUCAGAAGACCGCCGCCGACGCCAUGACAUGAACGAUGGUCUCACUGGACCGGAAUACUCUGGUAGUUUCCCUCCUGAGUCGGCUGGAAGCGACCUAGGAACCCCCCAUAUAAAUCGAUCUCCACCAGAACCCUCUGUGGAGAGCCAUGAUCCCAUCAAUGUCUCGCGUGGGAUUGAGGAAUCCUCUGAGUCCGGGCUCCCACGCCAGCGCAAGGGUGGAUUUUUGGGCAAGUUCAGCCACGGCGAUGACAGCUCCGAGGAGGAUAAGAAAUCGCUUUCUGAAGCGCAGAAGUUCACAUUCGCUUCCCAGUUGAGAGCCACUGUCUUGAAUUCGUGGAUCAACGUUCUUUUAAUCGCUGCGCCAGUUGGAAUCGCUUUGUACGCUGUGGAUGCUAACCCAAUUGCGGUUUUUGUUGUCAACUUCAUCGCCAUCAUUCCCCUGGCUGCUAUGCUCAGUUUUGCAACUGAGGAAAUUGCCCUCCGCACGGGUGAGACUAUUGGUGGUCUGCUUAAUGCGUCGUUCGGUAAUGCUGUUGAGCUGAUUGUUGCAAUCAUUGCUCUGGUCAAGCACAAGACACUCAUUGUACAGACCUCCCUCAUCGGCAGUAUGUUGUCCAACUUGUUGCUGGUGAUGGGUAUGUGCUUCUUCUUCGGUGGAAUCGAUCGCAUGGAGCAGCACUUCAACGUGACAGUCGCUCAGACUGCUGCGAGUAUGCUGGCAUUGGCUGUGAGCAGUUUGAUUAUUCCUACCGCCUACCACAGGUGGUCUGACACCAGCACCAGUGACGGAACUGCUGCUUUGUCCCGAGGAACCAGUGUUCUUCUCCUAAUCGUCUACGGCUGCUACCUCUUCUUCCAACUCAAAUCACACGCCGACAUGUACAACCGUCCUAGCCCUAAGGUCGAACGGAGACGCGCCCGUGUCAGCGAAGGUGACGCCAGCCGAGGAAUCGCCCAGAUCGGCAAAAUGACGGCCGCCCCAUUGGUCGGCCAAAGCCCAGACCACAUGCAAAUGGAAGAUGCGGAGGACGAGGCGGAGGUGCCACAGCUCUCCAUCACGACUGCAUUGCUUACGCUGCUCAUCUCGACUGCGUUCGUGGCUGCAUGCGCCGAGUUCAUGGUUGAUUCUAUCGAUGCUCUCACUGCUACCGGUAACAUUGGCGAGACUUUUGUGGGUUUGAUUCUUCUGCCUAUUGUUGGUAAUGCCGCUGAGCACGCGACCGCCGUGACGGUCGCUUGUAAGGAUAAGAUGGAUCUCGCUAUUGGUGUUGCUGUUGGCUCCAGUAUGCAGAUUGCGCUGCUUGUUUUGCCGCUGAUUAUUGUUCUUGGGUGGAUCAUUGGUGUGGAUGACAUGACUCUCAACUUCGAUGGCUUCCAGGUCAUUGUGCUUUUCAUGUCUGUUCUUUUGGUGAACUACCUCAUUGGUGACGGUAAGUCACACUGGCUUGAGGGUGUGCUGUUGAUGAUGAUGUAUUUGAUCAUCGCUAUUGCGGCUUGGUAUGUGUUCUUCAUUUAA